AUGCUUGUUACUUCUUCCCAAAAAAAAGAAAAAAUACAAGAUAUUACUACAAAUAUUUUAAACUUAAAGCGGAGUGUGGAAAAUGCUUAUCAAGACAUUUAUAAUGCCUUAGACGAAUUAGCUCUAAAGUAUGAUGAUAACGAUUAUGAUUUGUUAAGCAUGGAAGUCAUAGAUAUUACCUCCAAGUGGGCAAGUGAAUUCAAAAAUACCACGAUUAAUUUUGCUAAAGGAGCAUUUUCAAAGAAAUUGGAAUUGGAAGAAGAUGUGGUAGAAGAAUGUAAGAGAGUUAUUCAAGAAUCUCAAAACAACAAUACCAUUCUUAAAUGGAUUAUCUCUGAAAGUUCCGUAGCCUCCUUGGGUCAAUGGGUAGAAAAUUUAGAGUCGCGAAAGAAAUGUUCUCCCAAUCAAAAUUAUAAAUCAACGAAUACAAAAGCUUCAGCGAUUGGUGACCAACCUGACAUAAUGUUUACGGUUAAAAUUAGUGAGAAAGCCCUAGAGUUACUUUACCUUGAAAACCAUACUAAAUUGAUUUGCUUAUGUAAGGGCGGAUACAAUUUUGUGACCACCCAAAAACGAUUGAAAGACAACAAAGACAUUUAUUCUUUUCUUACAAUUCUGGGUAUUAAUAUAACUGAUGAGGCUGCAGUCAAGCAUAUUGGAAAUUUAGAUGAGGCUGCAGCCAAAAGUACAUUGGAAAUUGAGAUAAGGUUGUAG